ACCCAGGUGGGACCACUCUGAGCUUGGUUCUGGGGUGCCCAGGAAUUGCAAACAUGGUGCCACACAAAGGCAGCAGGGCAAUUGCACCUUGGCUUUUGCCCUUCUCGGGCUCCGCAUGUUCACUUGAAAAAGUUUUCUCCUCCCCUAGCAAAGCUUUGCCUCUUCUGCAAGCUUUGGGGGGGGACACCCUUACUCGGACUGCUCUGUGUGGUGGCUGUCCCUGCAGGGUGCUGGGGAAACCCUUGCACCAAAACAUUUCUGCACGAACGCUCCGGAGCUUGCGUCAUAGGUGGUCAUAUCGGUGCCCGCACUUGCUCAUGCUGCCAGGCACAGGCAGAGCGAGAACAGGAAGGGGGAGGGAAGGGUAAAAAAAAAAAAAGAAAAAAGCGCGAGAGAGGAAUGAGUCACCAGUCCAGACAAAUUGCCUCCGAGUCACUAAAAUUAAGCCGGAGAGAGUGGUCCCAGCGGUACGAUGGAUCUGGCAGCUGUGAGCACCUGCCUUGCUGAUGCAUUGCAGGGACUCGAGAGUCAGAAGUGCUACAGGGUGGCUGCCACCGCCACCGCUCGCAGGUGGGAGGAGGGCUCCGGGUGAAAUGAUUGGCACUGCAAAAUCCUGCAGUCCUAGGAGGGCACGGGGAAGCCGUGGAGUUGAGCCAGCUCGCCUCUCCUUGCUGCAGCGCUGCCGCUGAGCUUCCCAGGCUGCGUCCUGCACCGAGGGGUGGCGUGGGUUGUGUCGGCAUCAACCCACCACAGCACAGCCCCCAAAGUACCCUGCUGCUGGGGACACUUGCGCAAGUGCAGUGCAUGGCUGGAUCUGCCUACAGCAGUUCAGUGAUAGGAGACACUAUCCGCUGGUGUCUGCAAAGCAACCCUGGAGGACAUCCUGCGGCAGCGAGUUCCACAAAUGCCUGCAUUGCAUGUGAGCUGCCAGACAAAUUUCCCAAGCCCCACAAAUGCAAAUUGUGCCAGCACUGCUGCAGAGGAGCACCAGUCUCAGGUGAGGGUACGUACCUGUGGGUGGGCAAGGGACAGAAAGCCCUUGAGACUGGGACCCAGCUUCUCUAAAAUAUUGCAAACAUCACUCAAACCACUGAAUUCACAGCAAGUUGUUAUUCCUUCUCCAGUUGCAAAGCUUUUACCCCCUCAGUGUGUUCAAUGCCCUGUCCCCUGUCACAUGCAGCAAUGCAGAGGAAGGAGAGGCUCGCCAUAUGCAUGAAACAAAAUCGAUGCAUCUGUGGAGGGGCACGAGCUGAGCUCCCCUUCCAACACAGCUCAAGCAGCUUUCACAACCACCGAUGGAGCUGCCUGAGGCUGAGAACGGGGAAGGACUCCAGGCAUUGAGGAAGCAAGCUGGAGAAAUGGAAGUUGUGGUCCUGUGACUGUGCGUAUGCUAACAGGUCCUACAAAGGGUAGCUGGCGUGGGCAGACCUCUGCUGUUGAGAGGCUGUUUCCAGACACGAACCCUUGGGCUCUCUGCGUGGUGUGGUGGACACAGCCCUGCCAUGACAAAGACAACCACUGGGUGCUGCCCAUGCCAUUUCUUCCCCAGUGAGGCCUCAUCUCUCCUGUGGCUCCAGACAGUAUGUGGCCAGGACCUCAGCAGAAGGUGUCCUGACAGUUUUCUAACCUGCAUUCACCUGUUCACCUUCGAGCAACACUGGCUGGACAUAAAAUUGCACCAGCAGUUAUGGAAGCCCAGGUUUUAGCCCAUGGCUAUGUUCGCCUAACAGAGAUGCUCACUGCUUCUGUGGAGGCUGGAAUUGGCCCUAGGAGCUCAAAUGCUCAGAACAGCAGUGCCAAAUGCCAAGAGCUGGGUGAUUGCACAGUACAGGGAGUCAUCGCUGUAGGCUGCAGGGUAGGGAAGGGGUGAGGAGUAUAGGGAAGCACUCAGAGCUGGGAAUGGGAUGGGGAAAUCCUAAUUUCCUUCCUGGAGAAGUCCAGUUACAAAUGAGCUGAAUUUCUUGCCCUGUCCCAUUCUUCUGGGUCCACCCCUUGCAGCACAGAUGAAAAUUGAUGGGCGAGUUUGGGGCUAUGUAGGUGUUUUUUUUUUUUUUUUUUUUUUUUUUUUGUUUGUUUGUUUGUUUUUUCCAAAGAAGGUGUAAAAGACAUGAGAUUCUGCAGGGAGCCAGGGGAGGGAGAAAGCUGAGACAGACAGCCCCCUAUUUGCCCAUCUGCCCCCCGCUGGAGGUGCUCGAAGGGCAGAGCAGAGGGCAGCAGGAUCUGUGUGCUCAACACCACCCCUGCUUCCGAGCAUCUUGCCAGCCAGAAGGCUUUGCUGUCAGCCUGCAGCUCCGCGCAGCACCGGUCCUGCCUGCAAGAUGCUGGGAGCAGGGAGCUCCCGGGGAGGGGGGCAUUCGCAGAGCGCUUUGCAUCACCAUCGCCCCUCGCUGAGGAGGUCCUGGCGGAGCUGAAUCCCCCCCUGCCACACCACUCUCCCACCACACAGCUGCUCUCAGCAUCCCUUUCUUCCUUCAUCUCCCCUCCACUCCCCUCGGCUCCCUCCUCCUUCCACCCCGCUCCUCCAUCACCACUCCUGCUGUCUCCCACCCCCUUCCCUGCGCUCUCCGCUCGCUUCCCUCCUGUAUCUCUCUCCCCCCUUCCUCUCUCCAUCCCGGUCGCUCCCCUCCCUUUCUCCCUCUUCCCAUGCCCUAUCGCUCAUCCUUUCAUUCUCAUUCUCCUGCCGCUGCUCCUGCGCCUGGCGCCCAUUGGUCGCCAGGAUCCGUCCCCCAGCAGCUGCCACCCCUCUCCAUCUGCCACCCCCAGCCGCCGAGCCCCCCUCUCCUGCAGAUGGACAGGGGACCGGGGGGCACACCGGGGUCCGCUGAGCCACCAGUGUGGGGAUGAGGGGGUCUGGCAUCCCUUCACGGCCAUGUCCCCCCCAUGAGUGGGUCCUGGGGCUGAGGAGGCGAAGUCCCGCAGCAGUCAGAGAGGGGCGAUGGGCAGGCCCAGGAAGGAGGACGUGCGUCUCUGCUGAUGGGACAUUUUAGGACUUGCUCCCUCCUGGGACUGCUUUGUUCAGUUGCUUUUAAGAAAGCGAGGGGAAGGGGAAAACUAUGACACGGAUUCUCCCCGGUGAAGCAGAGGAAAACAUGCAUCCCAACGACACAUCCCCAGGUUUCAUUUCAAGAACAAAGGAGCUUCAGGGCCCUAAGAGAUCUGUCGGGAUGUGUGAAGGUGAGCCUCAGGGUCCCUGUACUCUUCCACCAAGUCAUCAUCAUUUCCAAGGAGCUGGUGCAUCAAGACGGUGACCCUGCCAGUCCAGAAAAAUUCACCAGAGCUGGAGUGAUCGGGAAAGCAUCACACGUCUCCCCUGCCUAAGGUUGCUGACUGAUCCAGCAGGGAGACCUCCCCUCGCCCUCUGCCCUGCCUCUGCUAUGGACACUUCUGCUUUCAGCCUCCCCACGCCGGCAGUGUCAGAGGAGGGGAAUGCCUCUGGUAGCUGGGCAGGCUUCACCACCCCCAACAGCUCCACCACUGCCAGCCCCAGUGUGGUUUUCAGCGGAGUCCUCAUCCCCCUGGUCUACCUCAUUGUCUGCGUGGUGGGGCUGGUUGGGAAUUCCCUGGUCAUUUAUGUGGUCUUGCGGCACUCGGUGAGUGAAUCAGUGACCAACGUCUACAUCCUGAACCUGGCCCUAGCCGAUGAGCUCUUCAUGCUGGGCCUGCCGUUCCUGGCUGCACAAAAUGCCCUGUCCUACUGGCCGUUUGGGUCCUUCAUGUGCCGCCUGGUGAUGGCCGUGGAUGCUAUCAACCAGUUCACCAGCAUCUUCUGCCUGACGGUGAUGAGCGUUGACCGCUACCUGGCCGUGGUCCACCCCGGGAAGUCCUCCAAAUGGCGGACGGCACGGGUAGCCAAGGCCGUGAGUGCGACCGUGUGGAUGUUGUCAUCCAUAGUGGUGCUACCCGUGGUGGUCUUCUCAGACGUCCCCUUAGGGAUGAGCACGUGCCACAUCCAGUGGCCAGAACCUGCCUCGGUGUGGAGAGCUGGCUUCAUCGUCUAUACUGCCACCCUGGGCUUCUUCGGGCCGCUGCUGGUGAUUUGUCUCUGCUAUCUCCUUAUCGUCGUGAAGGUCCGCUCCUCCGGCAGGCGGGUGAGGGCUCUGUCCUCCAAGCACAAGCUUUCAGAGCGCAGAGUGACUCGCAUGGUGGUGGCUGUCGUGGCCGUCUUCGUCCUCUGCUGGCUUCCAUUCUACGUCCUCAACAUAAUCAAUGUCGUUUGCCCACUGCCUGAGGAGCCAUCCCUCUUCGGUGUCUACUUCCUCGUGGUGGUGCUGCCGUAUGCCAACAGCUGUGCCAAUCCUAUCAUCUACGGCUUCCUCUCCUACCGCUUCAAGCAGGGCUUCCGAAGGGCCAUCUUCAGGCCAUCCCGCCGAGUCCAGAGCCAGGAAGUGCCAGCAUGUCCGCCAGAGAAGACUGAUGAUGAAGGGGAAGAGGGAGAGAUCAGCAAGAUUGCCCAGAACGGCAAUGACAGGCAGGAACGACCGCUAUGCCAUGGGGCAGGAGAGAGCAAUGAGCAAAAACCACUCCCUGAGCAGCCUGUGGGCUCUGAGAAGAGCAACAAGCUGCAUGUCAGUUAUUUAUGAUGAAAGGAACGGUGCAGGGGAAAGAGACAUUGAGACGUGGGAUCCCCUUCACCCUCUGUGCUAUUCCACCUCAAACACAAUGGGAAAGGUCAAUACAAGGGAAUAUUAAAGGUCAAGAUUAUGCUUAAGGAUGAAGAGGGCUCCAUGAGCUUGUGGAAAAAGCAAAGCAUUGCACUUGGCUUUGGAAGGGACACCUGAGGUCUGUUUGGUACCAGGUAAAGGAAGGACUGGGUCCAGGGAGAGCUGCAGAGGUGAUGGGCACUGGAAGUAUGGAGAGAGCAAGGUCAGCCCUACACUGCAUGAUCCAACCUUUGACCACCUUGAGCUGUGAAGGGCAUCAGCUACCAUGUGUCGGGCACUUCAAGGAAGUCUUCAAAUAGGUAUAUGUGACUUGUGCCUUUGAAGAUCUGUAAUAGGCAUCACAGUGCCUCGGUUAUCUUCCUUACGAACACGAGAAGCAGUUUGCCCUGAAGGAAGAACAGGAAGGAAAAUUCUCUGCAGCUAAGACACGCCAGCCAGUUGCAUGAAUGGCUGACCCUUCUCUAGCUCUCCAGCAAGUCUUAGGGACAGCUUAUGCUCCUGCACUGGUCCUGGCUGGAGACCACUCUGACUACUCAAAUCCUGCUCUUUCUUCCUAGGGUUCUCAUGGACUCUGGGCAGGCUGAUGAGAAUUACCUGGGACAGCAAAUGGGAUGUUUCUUUCCUGAACUCUGCAAACUUCAGGUUUUCCUGGUGACUCUGCACCCUGGUGGAUGAUGUAAGAAGGGUAAAAAAGAAGCCAGCGAGGCAUGGGUUGGAGGCAAGGUUUAUUACAAACUGAAGCACCCUUUCCCUUUUCCUCUUCCUCCGCCUGACUGUAAAUAAACAAAAAGCCUUUGGACAUAAAGGCCAACUGA